AUGUCAGGCUCAAUAUACAUAUGUAUUAAACAAUUCAACGCGCGAUUAGGUGAUGAAUUAAGUUUAAAAGUUGGUGAUAAGAUUGAAGUUUUAUCUGAUGAUUCUGAAUAUAAUGAUGGUUGGUAUAUGGGUAAAAACUUAUUAACCAAUCAAGUUGGUUUAUAUCCAAAUACUUUCACACAAUUAUUAUCUAGUCCAGAAGAUGAAGACGGUAAUGGAUUAUUGUUGCGUGCACGUUCAAGAAGAAUAAUAUCACCAAACAAAAUUGCUGAAAGUGUAACUAGAUUAAGUAUUGAUGAAGAUGGAUUUCCUCAUACUAAAUAUGGUAUGCAUUCUGAAAUUGAUAAAGCAAUUAAAGAAUUAGAAGAUAAUUCUUCCCUUGGUGAUAGGAAUAACAACAAUCAUCCAAAUGGAACUAUUUCAUCCAAUGAUUCCUCAAUAUCCUUAACUGAUGAUUUGAACCCAUUACACGCUCAUGAUUGGGAUCCAAGACAAGUUUGUUCUUAUUUCGCUUUGGUAUUAGGUAUGAAUAUGAAUAUUGCAAAACAAUUUUUAAAACAUAAAAUUACUGGUGAAAUCUUAUUUGAAUUAGAUUUAACUCAUUUGAAAGAAUUAGAUAUAGAUUCAUUUGGUACUAGAUUCGAAAUUUAUAAAGAAAUUGAAAAAUUAAAAGAAAUGAAUUCAAGAAAUAAACAUAAAGAUUCAAGAAGAACAUCCUUAUCAACAAAUUCAACCGGUCCAAAUAUGCAUAUGCAUAGUCUUAAUCAUAAUAAUAUCAAUUCUUUAAUUAAUUCACCACCAACGGAAGAAUCUUCCAAGCAUGAUAUGGAUAUUGCAAGUUCAAAACUAUUACCUUCAGCAAUAAUUUCAUCCACACCUCCUUUGGAUUCUCCUGAUUCGAUUUCACCUACUCGCCAUGCACCUCCACCAAUUGAUACCCAAAACCUCCAUAAAUAUCAAUCAAUGGAUGAAUUAUCUCGUCCGUUGUUUUCUCCAGGAAAUCGCGAUUCUUUCUUAUCUCCAAGAAAAGCACCUGCCCCUCCUCCAAAUUCAGGUUCUGCUACUUCCAGUCCAAUAUCUAAACCAUUAUUUAAAUUUGAAGCUAACAUAAAUGGAGUUUCAAGUGAUAGUGAAAUAUUGGAACCACCUAAUGGUGCCCUGUAUAUGACUAGAACUAAUGCUUCUGCAGCCAGUGGACUUAGGCCAGCCUCGUCAGUAUAUGAUUUAUCAGAAACAUCAAGCACCAAGAAAUCAAAUGGUAGUAACGGUACACAACAACACAGGAGAACUGGAAGUAGUACUCAACAUAAGAGACAUUCGUCGUUAUUUUCAUUUUUAUCUGGAACUAAUAAUGAACCUACAACCGCAACCAGUACAUUUGCGAAUGGAAGUUCUAAAUUCCCUAGCCCGGAUAAAUUUAUCCCUGAUGAAUUGGAUAAUUUCCCAGUAGAUAUAGAUGAUGCAGUACUUUCACCAAUGAAGAAGAAGGCUCCUCCUCCUCCUUCCCAAUCUGCAGGAGAGAUAUCUCCAUUACAACCUCCUCAAUCAACCGCAAUCAGUUCCAAACGGGAUGUAUCAAAUGCUUCUUCAACCAUCACCGAAGACUCGAUCGCCUUGUCUACCAUCUCCUUACCUCCAUUAUUACCACAUGCAGUCACCACUCCACAGCAACAAUCUCAAUCCAAAUUAAAAUUCUUCCGUUCUCCACUGACCCAAAAUUUCCGAAAUUUGACAGGAUCCAAAAAACUGAAAACUUCGGCAUUUCAAGAAGGUAUCCGAACAAUUACUCCUGAUGAAGCUAUUAAAGCGGCAAACUUUUCCGGAUGGAUGUCAAAGAGAAGUAAUAAUAAUUUAACUUGGCGUUCACGAUAUUUCACAUUACAUGGAACCAGAUUAUCCUAUUUCACAAGUUUGAAAGAUAAGAAAGAACGAGGAUUAAUUGAUAUCACCGCCCAUAAAGUCGUACCUAUUGAUCCUGAUCAAAAAACCAGUGGUGGAGAUAAAUAUGCUGCCAUAUAUGCUAGUUCGACCUUGGCUGGAAGUUAUUGUUUUAAAUUAGUUCCACCUGCACCAGGCUUCAAAAAGGGAUUAACAUUCACCCAACCCAAGACGCAUUAUUUCGCGGUGGAAACUGCUGAAGAAAUGAGAGGAUGGAUUAAGGCAUUAAUGACAGCGACUAUAGAUAUUGAUGAUACCGUUCCCGUUGUGUCUAGUUGUUCGACUCCGACUGUUAGUUUGGCAAAGGCGCAGGAAUUAUUGGCGAAGGCUAGAGAGGAAAGUAUGUUGAAAGAUCAAGAAUUACGAGAGAAAGGAUAUUUACGUGAUCAUUAUACCUCCAACAAUGGACCAACUCAACUGAAUCAACAAAAUGAUAGUGAUGAAGAAAAGGAUGAUUUAAGUGAACUUAAAGGAUUAUCAUCACCUACUACUCCAAAUGUUGCAGCUAGUCAAGGUUUCAAUAGUCCAUACUUGUUAGCUAGUGGGAUGAUGUCACCACGUUCUAGUGGUCCUAGUCCUACAACUACGCCUACUAAUGGAUAUUUCCCCGAGUUUUCAAGCAAUGGCAGUACUGCUGGGGAUAGAGUUACAUCAGUGGCUAGCACUAUAAAGACCAAUGGUAGUGGUGGAACAACGAAGAAGAGUGAGAAAUUCUUGGCUUAUUCAAGUGAUGCCAAUGGCGGAUAUAGUUUCGCCGUCCAACAAAAGAAGUAA